GGCCAUCUUGAAGUUGUCUGCUCGACAGAAAGUGCUCGCAUAGCACAUUUUCUUUAUUUUUUAGACAUUUACGACCUCCACAGCACAAUGGAGACUCCAAAUUCAUUAACCAUACUGUUUUCGAGGUCUACAUGCAUUUUCAUUGCAAUGAUGUGCUUGCUAAGUCAUGGAACACAGGGAGAAACUGUUGCUCUGGAUGGCAACAACUUCAAUAAUAUCAUAGCCACACAUGAACUGGUGUUCGUGAACUUCUAUGCAGACUGGUGCCGGUUCAGUCAGAUCCUGGCCCCUGUGUUUGCUGAUGCUGCAAAGAAAGUCAAGGAAGUCUACCCGGAGGUUGGGAAAGUGGCCUUUGGAAAAGUUGACUGUGAUAAAGAGGGUGGUGUAGCUACCACGUACCACAUCUCGAAAUAUCCAACACUGAAGUUAUUCAGGAAUGGACAGGUGGUAAAGAAGGAGUAUCGUGGUCAAAGGUCUGCAGAAGCCUUGGCAGAGUACAUUAAGAAACAGCUGGAGGACACCAUACAGCAGCAUGAUAAUAUGGACCAGAUUGAUGAAAUGCAGGACAAAAAACGUAACAUGAUUGGAUAUUUCUCGGACAAGGAGACAGAUAGUUACAAGACAUUCAGAAGAGUGGCCAUGCAGCUUCGGGAGGACUGUGUUUUCCAUGCUGUAAUUGGGGCGCCAUCGGAGGGAGAGCGUGGAGGAUCAGAGGCCAAAUUAGUUUUCCGGCCACCUAAUACCCGCAGAGAGGAUAUCCAAUAUGUCGGAGAAACCCACAACUUUGACUUCAUGGUACAAUGGAUGCAGGAGCGAUGUGUGCCGUUGGUGCGUGAAAUCACCUUUGAAAACGCUGAGGAGCUGACAGAGGAAGGAUUACCGUUCUUGAUAUUGUUCCAUAAAGUAGAAGACACGGCAAUUCUUCAAAAGUAUACAGAUGCAGUACAGAGAGAACUUUUAUCAGAAAAAUCUUCUAUGAACUUCCUCACUGCCGAUGGUUCCAAGUUUUCCCACCCUCUACAUCAUCUGGGAAAAACAGCAAACGAUUUACCCGUCCUGGCGAUAGACAGCUUUAGACAUAUGUACCUUUUCCCGCAUGAUAUUCAUGAAGGCUUAGAGACCCAGGGUCUUUUAAAGCAGUUUGUAUCAGAUUUACACUCAGGAAAACUUCACAGGGAGUUUCACCAUGGGCCGGAUCCCACCAAGGUCCCAGCUCUGCCUAAUAAGGAAGAGAUUAAGGGUGAUCACAUACCCCAUGAAGAGAAUGCAGAAAAAGUAGAACAGCCCACUAGUCCACCAGAGUCCAGCUUUGUGAAACUCGCCCCGUCAGAAAAUAGAUACACAAUUUUACGACACCGGGAUGAAUUGUAGCUGGAUUAUAUUAUGUUUGUUUUGAUAAUGUUUUAUUAUUUUGAUUGUAAGUAUCUCAUUUCAAAGGCACUCCGUCAGUUUGUUCAUGGAUAUAUAUUUCUUUUCCUUAAAAAGAAGAAUGCUAUAAUUAUGUAAACUUGUGCCUGUGAAAUCACUUUUCAUCAAGAUUUUCAUAAACAUACUGUUUUAAAGCAAUCAAAUAAUAGAGAUGUUUAAACGAAUUAACCUGCUCACAGGUGCUAUAAAUAAUUGUUAAGGCACUUCUUACCCGAGUGAUUUAAAUUACAAACAAACGCCAUGUUGAAAUAUUUUAUAUAAUAUUGUUGUGAUAUAUUCUCACACUCACAUUUAUUGCCUGCUUAAGCUCGGCCCACUUGAUUACGAUAUGAAAGUAAACGUAUAGACAGAAGAAGAAAGGGCUCUUAAAUAUGCUUAAAUUUUCUUGUCUUAUUCAUAAGUAAAUGAUAAUGAUGAUCUUGUUUCCUUAUUCAAGAAUUAUUCGCUAAGAGUACCCCACAAAAAAAUGCCAUUCGGCUGCAGAAAUUUGAAAAAAAAUCUAAAGGGGGUAACCAUGUCCCCUUCGAACAUGUGCCAGGAAUAUUUUCUGAGGAAGUCCCUGGAUAUACUUCCUAGUACAGUCAACGAAAUUAGACUUUUGGAUGAACAAGCCUGAAUUCUUAUACUAUUACUUUGCAUCAAAUUUUGAACAAGCCCUGCUAUAAAAAAAAUUAAAAUUUGAGCAAGCCUGCAAGACAUUUUACCAGUGCAGGGCUUGCGGGCUUAUGUUAAUUUCGACGACUGCUAGUAUGAUGCUGUGCUUAAAAAUGAAUCUUGAAACUAUGCUUUUCAACAAUAUAACCAAUUACUGAAUUAGUUGAGUGCCCAAAAAGUUCCUAAAAUGUACAAUUAAUGCAUCAAGUAGAACUUGUUAUGAUUAACAUAUGAUGUCAUAUUCUUUUUGUACAAUUCUGACAUUCAAUCUUGUAGUAUCAUUUUUUUAAAUGUUUUUUUACACUAACAGGGUCUUCAUAAGAAAAUUACUUCAGAUCAAUAGCAUGCUUAUCAGCUUUUGAAAUUAUGGCAAAAGAGCUGUAAACAUAGUUUGCAUACUGCUUGAUGUAUUCGAUUUUUCUCUCAUGACCAGUUCAUGAUUCAGUAUGUAGAAUCAAAGGUUUUAGACAUAAAAUUUGGACAUUAAAGGUACAUAUGUUAUAUGUUAGUAGUGAGAAUAUUAUUAUGCGUUUGCCUUUCACUUUAAUUUUAGAAAUGAAUUGCUCACAUUUAUUGUUAUACAGAAUUAUAACAAUUAUUUUCAGAUUUAUGACAUCAUGUUGUUUUUUAAAUAUUCAGUUUUGAUGUAAGGUUAUUUGUUAUUAGAAAAGCAUGUAUAAUUACAGACAAAUUUCUUGAGAUUAAACAACAAAAGUCUUUUUAAAAAAAAUAUGUGAUAUUUUAAUGGGACUUUAAAAACUACAUAAAAAAUGAUUUUUGUAUCUAGUACCAUAUACAUGUUAUACAGAAUUUAAUGAAGGUCUUGAAGUGAAACCAAUUGCUUGACAGUUUGGAUAAUAGUUCUUACAUUACUUACUGUUCAGUAACCAAAAAACAUGUGUCCAUGUAUAUGUACUUAUGGGUCCAAGUGUGAUAUAAAAAUAAUUUUGGCUUAAGUGCCAUUAUGGUGACUAAACUCUUAAAAUUAAUAUUCUAGGCACAUAUUUUUUUACUCUUAAAUUUAUGCAUUUAAUACAAUGUUUUAAUUUUAUUUUGAUAGCUUUUUUCUUUGGCUUGUAUUAAUAAAUUAUAAUUAUUUUGCUACGACAAUUUCGUGCUAAGUCCGGGGAUUGUUUAGGAAGGAUCUUCGUGAAAUCAAAAUUAUGAGAUGAUUUUUAGGAUGGCAAGAAUGCUACUGACUAUGCAGUUUUGUAACUUAUGUGCAUAAUUAUUAUUUUUCCUUUAUUACUGGGAUAAUUGGUACCUUUUCUAAGGGAUAUUUUUGGUUGUUUUUUUGGUUUCUUUUCAGAAUAUUAUGUGGAAUCUUUAUUUUUUUCUCUUUUUAUUCAAAGUAUAUCACUUUUCAACCAAUUUCAUUAUAUCAUAUUGCAUUUUUACCCUAAUCAACUACAAUUACAAUCAUUUUUGUAUAAGGUGGUGUAUUUUGCUCCAGGUUAAAAGUGGCCUUCUACUUUUAGAAAGAUGUUUUUGUUUUAAACAUAGUUCACAUAAAACCUCCUGUUAUGUCAAAUAUGGCAUAUGUGUAUACUGGGCCUCCGAGGUACAUUGUGAAUAUGACAUGGCUUAAACCAAUAUUACAAAAAAUACUACCAUCAUUUCUCAAAUUAAAUUAUUCCAAAUAACAACACAGUAUCUUUGGAACAAACCUUUUCUAUAAAAUAUUGACCAUAUCUUAUAUCAACAUAAUCUUUGAGUGAAUGCGCUUUAAAAAAAAGUUUAAAAUCAUUCUAUGCGGUUAUGUGGUAAAAUAAGAUUGAUUUUGAGAAUUGAAGUUUUUUGUGAUAUGGAGACCAGGUGUUGUAAAUGCAUUGACUUUGUUAGUUAUUUGGCAGAGAUAUGUCCACAGUUAAAGUUUGAAGCAUAUGAACCUUAUAAAAGAAAACUGUCAAAAAAAAUAUCAAUCACGACUUACUAUGUACAAUUCUUUCAUUUAUUAUUGUAUACAUGCACUGUUUGUACAUUUCGGAUUUGUCUGAUUUAUUUAUGAAAUAUGUUUAAAUUCCAGGGGUGACUGUUUUUAUACACUUUUAUCUCUGUGUGGCUGACUCUGUGUAAAUGAAUGUAUUACAUUGUGUGAUUGUAGGAUAUUGAAGAAAAGUGUUUCGCUGUUUAGUGCUGAUGAAAUAUGCAACUGUGUGAAAUGAUUAGUAAUACAUGUUUGUUUCUUAUAUAAUUUAAUCAUCUAAAAUAGUUCUUUAUGUGUCUCGAUCUCUAUUGACUUAAAGGUAGUGUGAAGAACAAUCACAUUCCUAUGUGAUAUUGUUUGAUUACUUGGAAUAGCACAUUUAUUAAGUUGCUAGAUGUCCUUCAGAGAUUGUUAUGUUUUUGUGUCCCAGACUAUGUUUUUGUUUAAAAACUAGGAAAACUAGUGCAUACUAUCAUGACUAUGUAAGCAGAUUUAGUGUGUAUAACUUCUUAUCGUCGGAUACUCGCGACUUACCCAUUCCGUUACACACCUUUCAACAUUGCACGCCGUUCGACACUGGAUGGAGUUUAAGGGAUUUGGUCGCGUACUGUUGUGCGAUGAUAAUAAUAUCUGUACAUGAGAUAUAAAUGGUUUUAACAAAGUAAUGUUUCAGCUCUAUCAUAAGCUAUCUUCUAAUGCUUGUUUGUUUCUCUUGUGUACAUAGAGCAUUGAUGUAUGAUAUUGGAUAUAAUAUAAUGACAAAAAGCGUUGAAAAUAAAACUAAUAAGUGAA